AUGGGCCACGGACCAGCGCCAUUCGGCCCCCCUCCACCUCCCCAUGGUCACGGCCAUGGCCACGGACAUCAUCCCCACGGGCCACCACCGCCGCCUCCACCUCACGCGGCACACGGCCAGCACGCACAAGGCCAGGCCGUGCCCAUCCUAGCCAUCAUCUUCGGCUCCAUCGUCCUCAUCGUCCUCAUCAUCAACGUCUUCAAGUUCGCCCGGUUCUACCUCGAGCACCACGCCACGCACAGCCAGGACGAACAGGACAAGGCGAAAGCCAAGCCCUGCAACGGCAACUGCCAGUGCCAGGGCCUGGGCCCCAGCCCCAAGCAGCGGCCGGGCGUCGACCCUCCGCCCUACUCGAACAACAACGAGCUCGAGGAGCGGAGGAGGCUCAUGGACGAGGACGACGGGACCAACUAUGUCCCUUGA